AACACGGCAAGUCACAAAUUACACUAAAGAAAAAAAAAAAGCUUUACAAAUCUUGGAAGAAACUAAUAUCCUUGAUAAGCUUGGCUUCAAAAAAUACGACAAUGGUCCUCCACGUUUGGGGUGGCUCAUUAAUAUGAGUGGUGUUAAGCCUCAAACUGGAAUAGAUUCAUACUUCAGAUGUACAAUAUAUUAUUAUCCAUAUUUUUUUGUUCAAUGUCAGCCCGGAACGGAACAUACC